AUGAAUUGGACCAAUGGGUGGUAUAAUAAUGUCACAAGAUAUGCUCCUGGUAUUAAUGGUUAUCCUACUCCACUCCAAUCUGGUCAUUAUGUCAGCUACUAUACUGGUACUGCACCUGUUAUAAUGACUUCAGCUAAUGGUAGUCUAUUUACAUUAGAUUCAUUUUAUGCUUCAGCGGCUUGGAGAGAUAAUUUACAAUUCACAUUAAAUGGUUAUCAAUCGAGUACAGUUAUUAAAAGUCAAACAUUUACAUUACAAGUAUUUAAUGUAUCUUAUUUAGCAUUCGAUGGAUGGAAUAGUUUAGAUACUUUAACUUUUACAACAUCAGGAGGAACUAAAAAUUCAAUGGUAGGCACCAAUAGCUCUCAAAUGGCAUUCGAUAACUUAUGUAUAACGUUUACCUGA